CUUCUACAACCCCCGCUGUGAGAUGAGACCUCCACCUUGUGUACACCAGGUGGCCAGACGACACUCUUGUGCUCCUGCCAUGACUGCCUGCACCGACCAUCUCCUCAGUCUACAUCCUGGUUUGAUAGAAAGAGCCAAAGUCCGCCAGAUGUCAACUACCAAAGAGCCUCCCCCACUUGUUUACGUCUACCAAACACCUCGUCAGAACAGAAAACCUUCCAGGCAGUUCAGAGAAUACAUCCAGCCAAUCUCCACGUCGAGUGAGGAGACGGAGGAAAUGUACGACGAAUUGUUGUCUUUAGCCAGGAGAAGAAGACAUCAGCAACACCAGCCAAGACACUUCGGCCUCAGCACAUUCGGCCACCUCAAGAUAGACUACUCCUGCAAUUGGUCCAACCUGGACAGAUAUAUCGCUCAUGUGUAGAGAGACCCACACUGGUGUGGUCAUUGUGGACUGAUGGAUUCCAAAGACGUUUGCUACAAGGUUUUCUGCUUUUUCGUCUGAAAUAAGAACUUGCAGAUAUUGAACACAAUUAAUGUGUAACUAUUUUUAAAUUAGCUGUAUUAUAUUUUUGACCAUGUGAUAUAUGUAUUCCCUGUUUUGCUUCUUAACUGUUGUCCCAAUACUGUAUGUUAUUUUCAUGUAAAUAUGGGAUAUAUAUAUAUGUUAUAUAAGUAUAGAGACAUUGUUUGGUUGUCCAUUGUGAAUCCUUUGUUUUUAUACCUUACAGGUAUCAAUCCAUUCAUUUGUAACCAUAAGUGUAUAGCUGUCAUAAACCCUGGCUUCAAUAACUUUCUAUUAAUAGUCUGUUGUGGCUCAUUUGUAUUUACCAUAUUCGUUUAUAUGAUAACAAUAGCAUUUGCAUUUAUAUUUGUAUUUUUUCUAUGUAUGUUUUCUUCAUAACAUUUUUCAU